AUGGCGACCCUCGCGGACUCCUUUCUCGCGGAUCUCGAUGACCUUAGCGAUGAGGACGAUGUCGCGGAUGAGCCCGUGAAGGACGAGCCCGCGGAGGAUGGCGUGAAGGCGGAGGCGGCGGAGGGACCCGUCAGCGGCGUGGACUUCAGGUCCCUGGACGCCGUCGCAAAGCUGGUUGGCAGCGAGCGAUAUCGCAGGGUCAUCUCUCAGGUGGACGACGCGCUCGCGGCUGACGCCAAAAAGAUGGAGGAGGAAGGCGACGCAUCUGCGGGCCCAGGCAGCACUCUGGGCGUCGUGGACGAGGGCGCGUACCAGCUCAUUGUGGACUGCAACGCGCUGAGCGUCGAGAUCGAGAACGAGAUCCAGGUGGUGCACAACUUCAUCAGGGACAGGUACAGGUCCAAGUUCCCGGAAUUAGAGUCGUUGGUGAUGCAUCCCAUCGACUACGCCCGCGUGGUGAAGGCCAUCGGCAACGAGAUGGACAUGACCAAGGUUGAGCUGGAGAGCGUGCUGCCGAGUGCGACAAUCAUGGUGGUGUCCGUGACGGGGAGCACCACCAACGGGCAGCCACUGAGUGCAGACGACCUCGAUACCACCGUGCGCGCGUGUGAUGUACAGUUGCAACUCGAUGCGGACAAACGCAAGCUCGUCGCACUCGUGGAGGCUCGAAUGGACCGCACCGCACCGAACCUGAGCGCGGUGCUCGGCCCGGAGGUUGCGUCUAAGCUGAUGUCAGUGGCGGGUGGCCUGGUGGCGCUGUCCAAGAUGCCGGCAAAUAACGUGCAGGUUCUUGGUCAGAAGAGGAAAUCAGCCGCGGGCAUGUCCAGUGCGACCGCCGUCAGGGCUGGCGACUUACACGUCGGCUUCAUCAACCAGUGUGACAUCAUCCAGCGCAAGACUCCACCGCCACUUCGCAUGCGCGCCGCUCGCUUGGUCGCCGGCAAGUGCACGCUGAUGGCUCGGGUGGAUGCCUUCGGCGAGGAUCCAAGCGGAUCGACGGGGCGCAACAUGCACGAGGAGAUGGUCAAGAAGAUAGAGAAGUGGCAGGAGCCCCCCCCGGCCAGGACCGCCAAGCCGCUCGCGAUCCCCGGCGGCGAGGUGAAGAAGCGAAGAGGCGGCAAGCGAGCGCGUGCUUGGAAGGAGAGAUUUGGCGCGAGUGACAUGAGGAAGGCUGCGAACAGGGUCAACUUCAACGUCGCCGAGGAGGAAAUCGGAUAUGAGGGCGAGGGUUUGGGAACACUCGGAACAUCCGCGGGGAUGGCGGCGGCGAGCGGGAAGCUCAAGCUCACGGCCAAACCCGCGAAGAUGAAGGUGCCCAAGAAUUUGCAGAAGAAGAUGAUGAACUACGGCAGUGGUGGCGCAACGAGCGGGCUGUCCUCCUCCCUGGCAUUCACGCCAAUCCAAGGUAUCGAGCUGGUGAACCCAAACGUGAACAAGGACGCAACUUCAGGGACGGACUCGGUCUUUUCAGAGAUGAGAGGGUUCCGAAAAGUCAGCGCCGGGACGCUGCAGCGCGAGCUCAAGGACUGA